CGACCGACGUUUAUCUAUCAUUGUCAAAAAUUGGUUUCUCAGGAAAUCUAACGUGUAGUCAGCUUUGAUUAUAUUUUGUGACGUAGUUUUGAAUAAUUAUUUGGACACAUUUUCCCUUUCUCCAAUCACGAUUCGGGAGUGCGCCUGUGCCUUCGAUAAGUGCGUAAAAAACUACUGAAAUGGCCGCCACAAAUAACCCGUAUAGCCAGCUCCUGAAGACCAUUGAAAUUGAUGGAAAGCAGUUCAAGUAUUACGAUGUUACGGGACUCGGAGAGAAAUAUGACCGCCUGCCCUACUCCAUUCGCGUACUCCUGGAGUCAUGCGUGAGGAAUUGCGACAACUUCCAAGUGCUGGAGAAGGAUGUGAACAACGUCUUGGAGUGGGAGACUAAACAGGCGUCUGAGGAUGCUGUUGAAAUUGCUUUUAAGCCGGCCAGGGUUAUAUUGCAGGAUCUGACAGGAGUUCCAGCAGUAGUAGACUUCGCAGCCAUGCGUGAUGCUGUAAAGGAACUGGGAGGUGACCCUCAGAAGAUCAACCCUAUAUGCCCGGCUGAUUUGGUCAUUGAUCACUCUGUGCAAGUGGAUUUUGCUAGGAGCCCUGAUGCCCUCAACAAGAACCAAGAGCUGGAGUUCGAGAGGAACAAGGAGCGGUUCCAGUUCCUCAAGUGGGGGGCGCAGGCGUUCGACAACAUGCUCAUUGUGCCGCCCGGCUCUGGUAUUGUGCACCAGGUGAACUUGGAGUACCUAGCUCGCGUAGUAUUCAGCUCCGGGUUGCUACAUCCUGACUCGGUUGUCGGCACUGACAGUCAUACCACCAUGAUAAACGGGCUUGGUGUCGUCGGAUGGGGUGUCGGAGGAAUCGAAGCGGAAGCCGUAAUGCUGGGACAAGCAAUCAGCAUGCUGCUACCGAAAGUCGUCGGCUACAAGUUAGUGGGAGAGCUGAACCCGCUCGCGACUUCCACUGACACUGUGCUCACUAUUACUAAGCAUCUCCGCUCCCUAGGUGUGGUAGGCAAAUUCGUAGAAUUCUUCGGUCCCGGCGUCUCAGCGCUGAGCAUCGCCGACCGAGCGACAAUAGCCAACAUGUGUCCCGAGUUCGGUGCCACGGUCGCGCACUUCCCCGUCGACGAGCGCUCGCUGCAGUACCUGAGGCAGACUAACCGUUCAGAUGACAAGAUCGCCAUCAUAGAAGCGUACCUUCGUGCCACCAAGCAGUUCCGUGACUACACCAACCCUGAACAGGAUCCUGUGUUCUCUGAGGUGGUAGAACUAGACCUGUCGACUGUAGUGACAUCUGUGAGCGGUCCCAAGCGGCCGCAGGACCGAGUGUCUGUCUCCGUUAUGAAGAAGGACUUCCAAGAAUGUUUGACUAACAAGGUCGGCUUCAAAGGCUACGGCAUAUCACCAGCGAACCUCUCAGCAUCCGGCAGCUUCAGCUACAGCGACGGCAAAACAUACAGCAUCACGCACGGCUCAGUCAUCAUAGCCGCCAUCACCUCAUGCACCAAUACCUCGAACCCCAGCGUUAUGCUGGGAGCUGGUCUCCUAGCGAAGAAGGCAGUAGAGAACGGUCUAAGCGUGCUGCCUUACAUCAAGACUUCUCUCUCACCAGGGUCGGGAGUCGUUACCUACUAUCUUAGGGAAUCUGGAGUGGUCCCGUACCUAGAGAAGCUAGGUUUCGACAUCGUCGGCUACGGGUGUAUGACGUGUAUCGGCAACUCGGGACCUAUUGACGAUAAUAUCGCCAAUACUAUUGAGAAGAACGAGCUAGUCUGCUGCGGCGUCCUCUCAGGCAACCGCAACUUCGAGGGCAGGAUACACCCGAACACACGAGCCAACUACCUCGCGUCGCCGCUACUUGUCAUCGCAUACGCGCUCGCCGGCACUGUGGACAUUGACUUUGAAACACAGCCGAUAGGUCACAGACCAGAUGGUACCCCCGUCUAUCUUCGCGAGAUCUGGCCGACCAGGGCCGAGAUACAGGAGGUGGAGAACAAACACGUCAUCCCUGGCAUGUUUAAGGAGGUGUACGCUAAAAUCGAGCAAGGUUCACCCUCAUGGCAGGCACUGUCGGUGCCGCAGGGCAAACUGUACGGAUGGGACCCCAACUCCACUUAUAUCAAGAGACCGCCCUUCUUCGAUGGGAUGACCAGGGAACUAAAACCAAUUAAGAGCAUACAGAACGCCCGUUGCCUCCUACUCCUGGGUGACUCAGUAACCACGGACCACAUCUCACCAGCCGGCUCCAUUGCCAGAAACUGUCCUGCUGCCAGAUUCCUCGCUGAUAAAGGUCUAACCCCCCGAGAAUUCAACUCGUACGGUUCCCGGCGAGGCAACGAUGCGAUCAUGUCCCGAGGAACGUUCGCGAACAUUCGGCUCGUGAACAAGAUGUCUCCCACCGCCGGGCCCCGCACUACACACCAGCCCAGCGGAGACGUCAUGGAUAUAUUCGACGCCGCGCACAGAUACGCUACAGAAGGUGUGCCCCUAAUCGCCGUGGUCGGUAAAGACUACGGUUCAGGAUCCAGCCGUGAUUGGGCUGCCAAAGGACCAUAUCUAUUAGGUAUCCGCGCAGUAAUAGCCGAAUCAUUCGAGCGCAUCCACAGGGCAAACUUAGUAGGCAUGGGUAUCAUCCCACUGCAGUUCUUGCCCGGGCAAAGCGCCGACUCGUUCGGACUAGACGGGUCCGAGCAGUACAAUAUCCACGUGCCUGAGAACAUCGCCCCGGGUGACUUAUUGACUGUGCAGGUGAGCAACGGACAGACAUUCCAAGUAAAGGUGCGCUUCGAUACCGAAGUGGAUUUAACGUACUUCAAAAACGGCGGUAUUCUCAACUACAUGAUCAGGAAGAUGCUGUAAAUUAUACAUACAAAUAUAUGUAUAGAUUAGAUAGAUGAUGAUAGCUUUGUUUGUUAAAAUAUUAAAUACAAAAUAGGUGAUUGCUUACCGCGGUCUGUUGAAUGAUGGGUGACCGUUUUCAAACAUUACGUCAAAUAACUUUGCCCUUCUAAAUUGACAGAUGAUUACACUGUUUGUUGAAAUAUUAAAAAAUAAACAAAGAAAUAAUAGGUGCUUACCGCGGUUUGUCAAAUGAUGGGUGACCGUUUUCAAAACGGUGCUUACCGCGGUCUCUCCGAUGAUGGGUGACCGUUUUCAAAAAGGUGCUUACCGCGGUCUUUCUUAAGAUGGGUGACCGUUUUCAAAAAAGGUGCUUACUGCGGUCUCUCCGAUGAUGGGUGACCGUUUUCAAAAACGUGCUUACCGCGGUCUCUCCGAUGAUGGGCAACCGUUUUCAAAAAAAGGUGCUUACCACGGUCUGUAUCCUCAGAAAUUCGUCAUUUAUUUUUGUGUCUACUAUUUUAAUAAAUAAAGCCUAUAUAAGGUUGUUUUAAUAUAUAAAAAAUGGUAUGCUUGUAUUAUAAUUAAGAGACCAAUUUUCAAAAUAUCAUUUAAUUAAUGGAUUUUGAACAAAAUGACUAGCGGAGAUGUCAUAACGCAAUAUCUCCUGAGAAAGUAGCCCGACAACAUGCGGGGCGAGGGGGACGAGGAACGAUACUAUACCCUAUUCACCGAGCCUUGAGCCAAAAGGUAAACAAACCAUAAAAAGGAUUCUUUAUAAGUCACGAUUGAAGUAGUGAACAUAUUUUAUAAAAAUAACUACGGAAGUAAUACAAUGACAACAUUAGAAAUGAUAUUUUAUAACGAUGUCUGUAGAACUUAUGUAAUCCUUUCAGACUUAUUCGAAAUCAAAUACAAUAAAUGCCUUAAAUAAUUUUCUUAAUUUUAAUUCAAUAUGUUUGAAAUAGUUUACAUGUAAAAGAACCUAAAAGACUUGAUUGUCAAAUAUGGAACGGUACUAAAUUGUAGAGCACAAAUACUGAGAACAUUUUACAUAAAAAUGUGACGUUUUGUCAUCGGUCGGGUUAUACCCGCC